GCUUGGACCUUGGGGAGGGUUGGAAUUCGCUCUGAGCCGUGGGAAGUUCGGCUGGUGCCGCGCGUUCUCUAGCCGUCUGUCUUGCGGUUUCUGCCUUCCAGUCGCGCGUGGGCCACAACCACGCCCCCACCCCCAUCAGAACUGCGGAGAAAGGAAGCGCGCGUCUCUGCCUGAGUUCCUAAUUCGGAGUGUGCGGCGGAGUGUUGGCUCUUCCUGUGCCUCCCGGUCCUCUGGGACAGAGGCAGGGCUUUUAAGUUCACCAUGCCCCACAAAUCUGAAGUGUUGAGUCAAGAUGAACUGCGCAAAAAGCUGUACCAGACGUUUAAGGGUCGGGGUAUACUGGACACACUCAAGACGCAGCUCAGAAACCAGCUAAUUCAUGAACUGAUGCACCCUGCACUGAGUGAAGUACAGCCCCCGUCCGUCUCAGUGGAAGGGAACUCCUUGUUAAUAGGAGCUUCCAACUCUCUAGUGGCAAAUUACUUACAGAGAUGUGGUUAUGAGUAUUCACUUUCUGUCUUCUUUCCAGAAAGUGGUUUGGCAAAAGAAAAGGUAUUUACUAUGCAGGAUCUAUUACAACUCAUUAAAAUCAACCCUGAAUCCAGUCUUUACAAAUCACUGAUUUCAGGAUCUGAUAAAGAAAACCAAAAAGGUUUUCUCAUGCAGUUUCUGAAAGAAUUGGCAGAAUAUCAUCAGGCUAAAGAGAGUUGCAAUAUGGAAACUCAGACGAGUUCAGCAUUUCCCAUCAAAGACUCUCUUGCUGAGAAGCUUCAGCUUAUUGACGAUGAGUUUGCAGGUGCUUACCCUCAGCAUCCAAAGUUAGAAUCUCUAGAAAUCAAGUUGAAUGAAUAUAAGAGAGAAAUAGAAGAGCAGCUAUGGGCAGAGAUGAGUCAAAAGCUGAAGUAUUUUAAAGAUACUGAAAUAGAGAAAAUUAAAACGGAAGAGAAAAGAAAGUGUGAGAAGGAAUUAGCUGAGUUCCGGAACGAAUUUGAGAGAGCUUGUCAAGCAAAAUCUGAAGCCCUGAUUUCUCGGGAAAAGAUGACCCUUGAGAGAAUUCAAAAGCACCAGGAGAAUGAAACAAAAGAAAUCUAUGCUCAAAGGCAGCUUCUACUAAAAGAUAUAGAUUUGCUGAGAAGCAGAGAAGCUGAGCUGAAGCAAAGAAUUGAAGCUUUUGAAUUGGCCCAGAGGCUACAAGAAGAAAAAAACCAAAGCGUGACUGAUGGGCUUAGGAGGCGGGAACUGAAUAUAAAGAGUAUUGAGGAGUCCUAUGACCAAAAGCUCAGGAACGAACUUCUAAAGUAUCAACUUGAACUGAAGGAGGACUACAUUGCUAGAACUAAUAGACUGGUCGAAGAUGAAAGGAAGAAUAAAGAAGAAGCUGUACACUUGCAAGAGGAGCGCGCAACUCUUAAUUUUAAAAAGGAGGAACUUGAUCGUUCUGUAAAUCGUGUGAAAGAACUUGAGCUUGAGUUGGAGUCUGUCAGAGCUCAGUGUUUGACAUUAACAAAGCAAAACCAUGUGCUGAGUGAGAAGGUUAAAGAGAUGAAUGACUAUUCACUACUGAGAGAAGGAAAACUGGAGUUUCAGGCGCAAAAUAAACUACUUAAACAACAGCUGGAAGACAUGAAAAGUGAAAAGUUGAAUCUCCUAAACCGCAUAGCUCAGCUGUCUUCUGAACUGCUGAUUUUUCAGAAAGAAUUAAAGAAGGCAGAAAAUGCUAUCGUGUUUGAGCAUAAAGAGUUCGAAACCCACAAACAAGAUCUGCAAAAAGAGCUGCAAAGCGAAAUUGAGCACUCUGCCCAGCUGAAGGCCAAGGUAUUAGAGUACGAUGCUUCUGUUAAGAGGUUAACUAUGCAGGUUACCGAUUUAAAAUUGCAACUGAAACAAACUCAGACAGCUCUGGAAAACGAAGUGUACCGCAACCUGAAGCAGUCUUUGCUAAAUCGCUCCAUCAGUGGGUUAAUGAACGGCAAGGUGGGGCCUCGUGAUGGUGACAUAAACGGGGAUUUCUUGAAAAAUCCUCUGAGACAAGGGGAACUGAGGGCAGGCCCAGUUACACCACGGAUCCUCAGUUACCCAAAUGCCGGCACAGAAGGUAGUUCUCUUGAUUCUGACAUCGAGUUUGUAGCCCAUACCAAGGCAAGGAUGAGAGAGCUGGAGCAAGAGGCUGAGCGCUUGGAAAAAGCUUUCCAAAACUACCAACGAAGGGUCAGUCAGUGCCCUGCCAAGAGCCCAUUGGCAGCCAGGAGCCCACCCUCCCUGCGCCUUCCAGGAACUCUCAAGAAUGUCACUGCAGGUGCUCUGGAGAGGUGUGUUUCUGCAGAGGACACAGUUGCCUCUCAGCAGCCUCUGUUGAAUGCGCAUAGAGGGGACGAGAGCGAGGUGUCUGAGGUGCCCGGCAGCACAGCCUCAGGGUCACGCAAGGACACAGCUUCCAGACGCCUCUCCUCUACUCCCCUCCCCAAAGCAAGGAGAAGCCUUGAUAGUGAAAUGUACCUGGAAGGUCUGGGCCGGUCUGCCACCGCUGCCCCCUGUGCCGACAGAAUACUGCAGCCUUCACCUGCCGAGUCCAGGCACAGCCUUUCUGUGCACUCACUUUCUGGCCCUCCGGAGCAGAAGGCAGGUCUUUAUCAAAGGCAAACAGGACUUCAAGACAGAAGUGAAUUUUCAAAUCCGGACAAGCUGUCUCUUAAGGAUAAUGAGGAAUUUGAGCCAUCUUUUGAAUAUGCAGGGAACGUGCCGAGACAGUUUGAGAUGGACAGCCUCCAUCCUGCUGGCAACAUGCCUCACAUGGAAGGUGCUGCAGCCACUGUGCCCACGAAACCUGUCCCUUAUCAGUACCCAAGUGUAGAUCAGAAACCACUUAGGGAACAGAAGGAAGAAGAAGAAAUAUGGGAACAGCAAGCAAAGGAACAAAGGCAGGAAGAAGAGUGGAGGCAGAGUGAGCGUCAAGAAGCCCUGGAAAGGGAACAGCGAGAACUGGAGAAACUGGACCAGGAAAGGAGGCUAAUUGAAGAAUCAUUGAGGAUGGAAACGGAAAAAGAAUUCGAAAUGAGUAUUCAGGAAAUGAAAGACAAAUCUAAAUCUGUUUGUGGUGAAAAUCUUUUAGAGAAAUACAUGAAAAUCCUCCAACAGGAGCAAGACCAGGACACCACAGAUAAGAGUUCAAAAAAGGUGGUCAGAGAGGGCUCACAAGUGGACACCCUGCCAUCUAGUGACAAAGAUGAGAGUUUCACAGGCUUUUCUCCUGAGGAACCAGAUGACAUUUGGUAACCAUGUUUGCUGCCCAGCUUCUCACUCAGAUAUGGUGACUCAAGGCCUGUGAGUUCUCUGUAAUAAGACAAAAUGCUCAAUAAAAAUUCACGUGCA